CUAGUCAGUUACCCCGCCCCCACCAUGAACUCCAACGAAAAAACAUUUCGAGACGGGAUUGACGACCUGAAUCAACUGCUCAGCGACAUCGGCGGAAACCUAGUAUUGGACCACGUCUGUGAAUAGAGACAAUUUAAAAUCGUGAACCCCAAUUCUCAGCCUACUCGCCGUUCAAGAUGCCUCUUCCUGAUACCGUCGAGUUGCCCGCGGCCUUUGACGCCCAUGUCCACUUGCGUGACGAUGACAUGCUGCAGCCAUUCCAGAUCGUCGCUCCGACUGUUCGUCCUGGAGGAGUCAACCAGGCACUGAUCAUGCCCAACCUGCAAAACAACCUGGUUACCAGCGUCAAGCGGGCCUUGGAAUACUCAUCGCGCAUCAAACAGGCCCUGGGCAAGGACGAGGUCGACCUGCUCAUGACCCUCUACCUCCACCAGGACGUCACGCCCGAUACCAUUAGAGAGGCCAAGAAGGCCGGUGUCGCCGCAGUCAAGAGUUACCCUGCCGGCGUCACCACAAACAGCGCCGACGGCGUCGUCGACUACGAUGCCUUCCACGAGGUCUUCAAGGCCAUGGAGGAGGUCGACUUGCUUCUCUGCCUCCACGGAGAGUGCCCUUCCCACGCCGGUAGCGAUAUCACCACGCUCAACGCCGAGUCCAAGUUCCUCCCCACGCUGAAAGCACUUCACGCCAAGUACCCCAAGCUUAGAAUCAUCCUUGAGCACUGCACAACCGCUGAGGCUGUUGCGGCCGUCAAGUCAUGUGGCCCCAACGUCGCCGGCACCAUUACUUGCCACCACCUCUUCAUCACCAUCGACGACGUCGUCGGUGACGCGCUCAACUUCUGCAAGCCCGUGGCCAAGCUCCCCGCCGACCGUAAAGCCCUCCUCAACGCUGUAGUCAACAGCAACGGCAAAUUCUUCCUCGGCACCGACUCAGCCCCGCACCCAAUCACCGCAAAGACGGGCCCCUCCAAGGCCGCCGCCGGCGUCUUCACCCAGCCCUACGCCGUCCAGUACCUCCUCGCCGCCCUCGACGAGGCCGUCGCCCGUGGCGAGCUCGCCGACGCCGACAUCACCCAGGAGGCCCUCGAGGGCUUUGUCAGCGUCUACGGACGCAAAUUCUACGGCACCGAGGACACGAAAAAGGAGCGGAUUCGCCUCACUCGCGGCAGCGGCGCCGUCGUCCAGGAGACGUUCGAGGGUAAGGGGAUCCAGGUUGUACCGUUCCGUGCUGGUAAGGAGACUUGGAGCCUUGCCUGGCUGUAAGAAAUGUUAUGGUUAGAUGAGAAGCCAGCUGUGGUAGACGAACAGGUAACGAUGUAAAGAGGCAUAUGAUCGGCUACUUGUUCGCUUGCGUCUCCCCAUCAUUGGUUCGCGUCUUCUAUAAUACAUACUGUCUUUCGAGCCAGGAAACAAAA